AUGGGGAAUUGGUUUGGUAAAAAUAAACGAGGAUUUUUUAUGGGAGUUUGGACAGCAAAUGGUAGUAUUGGGAAUAUUUUAGGCUCUUUAGUUGCUGGUGCUUUUGUAGAAACAGCUUGGGGAUGGUCAUUUGUUGUGCCAGGAUUAAUAAUUGGAUUUCUUAGCUUGCCAAUUUAUCUGUUUCUUGUACCUUAUCCUGAAUCCGUUAUAAUUCAGUCUACCCACCCUAAUGUACAACAGUAUGGUUCCAUUAAUCAACCAAUCAGAGAUGAAAAUUCAUUAGAAGAAUCAGUUGAAACUAGUUCACAAGUUAAUCUUUUAGUACCGGUCAAAACGAACUCUUCAUCGUUUCUAGCUGCAUUAAAAGUACCUGGUGUUAUUGAAUAUUCAUUGACAUUAUUCUUCUCUAAACUAGUCUCAUAUACUUUUCUAUUUUGGUUACCAUUGUAUAUACUUGAAGAAGGCGGUUUCAAUCCAUCAUCAUCAGCUGAUUUAUCAGCUGUUUUUGAUGUAGGUGGUAUACUUGGUGGAAUUCUUGCUGGUUCCAUAUCGGACAGUACUGGAUCAAGUGCUAUUACAUGUGUAGUAAUGAUUGCUUUGUCAAUACCUACAUUAUAUUUGUAUUCCAUUGUUGGUUUCCGUUCUUUAGCACAUUGUAUUGGUUUAUUAAUCCCAUUGGGUUUACUUGUGAAUGGUCCGUAUGGUUUAAUUACAACGGCAGUUUCAGCUGAUUUAGGCACACAUCCUUCAUUGUCUACAAAUUCUCGUGCAUUAGCUACAGUGACAGGUAUCAUUGAUGGCACUGGUUCCAUUGGUGCUGCACUUGGACCUUUACUAUGCGGUCUCAUAAAACCAUAUGGAUGGUCUGUCGUUAUUAUUAUGCUUAUGGUUGCGUUAGCCUUAGCUGCAAUUUUGCUUUUCCGUAUGGUAGCCAAUGAAAGUCGUCAAUGUUGUUUCAAUAAUGAACAACCCCUAUUACCAUCAUCAUCGUUAUCAUCUCCGUCGAAUACACUUGAUACCUAAAAUUCAAGUUCCAUCAAGAUUGAAUCAUUCAUUGUGUGGU